AAGAGUUCAACAAGGAUCUGUUCCUAAAUGAACUACGUUUCCCAGGGUGCUGGGCGCGGGCCAUUGCCUUGGAGGCUCGGAACUGAGCACCUGGCAGUAGCCAGCACGUUUUGGGUGGGCGCGGCUGGCUGAAGAGAGCAAAUGACCGCCCAGGUCUGGGGAGGGUGAGGGGAGGCCUGACCACCCUGGCUUUUACGAGGGCUCUGGGGGGAGUUAGGCUCCUAUCAGUGAUUGUCCCUGAGACAGCAGCACCAGGAAACCUGCCCUGUCAGUGCUUGCGGCCAAGGACCCAACGUCCUCCGAGGUAACUUCUCAGAAACUUCCAACAAGAGUUGGAAGGGAUCACAGAGACCAUCUAAUACAAUCCACAUUUUCCUCUGCAACAUAUCCAACAAAUGUCCAUCUUGCCUUUGCUCUAACUUCUUCAAAGAGGCUACAAGAUACUUCCAAAGAUUCCUAGCCUAGGAAAAGUAGAGCCAUCACAGCGCUAUUUUCACCUUGACAAUAAGUAGACCACCAGUAAUCUGCUGAUUGCACUGUGAGAACCACUGACCUAGUACAGUACCCAUGGGAACUGAAAUAAAUCACCACCAUUCAUCAAAAUGCAGUGGAAUUUAAUACGGACUAUGUCUCAGCUGGCAAAUAGGACAUGUUUAAUCUCACAUGGGGCUGGAUCCAUUGGGCACUCUCAAAACAUAAAAGGCUGUCCAGUCUUAUAUAAAGCUUGGCCCAAGAUUGUUUGGGUGCGGGGUCCUCAAAACCAUUGGCUACAUGUGUCUUCUGCACAGCAUAUCUCAAAGGAAAGGAAGCCAGUAGAUGUUUCUCAGCAUAAACAACAAAAAGAAGAAACUUCAUCAGAGAAGGUUACAUCAUCUGGUGGUACAGCCCAAGGAACUCAUACUGAGAGAAAAGAAGAUAUUGAUCCAUUACAAGAUAAAUCUAUUAGUCUUUAUCAACGAUUUAAGAAAACAUUUAGACAGUAUGGAAGAGUUUUGAUUCCAGUACACUUAAUGACUUCGGGGAUUUGGUUUGGAACAUUUUAUUAUGCGGCCUUAAAAGGAGUGAAUGUUGUUCCUUUUCUGGAACUCAUUGGAUUACCAGACAGCAUAGUGGACAUUUUGAAAAAUUCCCAAAGUGGAAAUGCCCUAACUGCAUAUGCCUUGUUUAAGAUUGCAACACCUGCCAGAUACACUGUGACUUUGGGAGGAACAUCCAUUACUGUCAAGUAUCUUCGUAGCCAUGGCUACAUGUCAACGCCACCUCCAGUUAAAGAGUAUUUACAAGACAGAAUGGAGGAAACAAAGGAGCUUAUUACAGAAAAAAUGGGAGAAACAAAAGAAAGACUCACAGAAAAACUACAAGAAACCAAAGAAAAAGUUUCAUUUAAGAAAAAAGUGGAAUAGGAAAUCUUGUUUGCCAGGCCACAGAAAAGUCAUGCACUUUAACCCUCAGGAGAUUGUGGACAAAGACACGUUCUCCUAAUUAUACCUUUGGUUGGCAGUCUUGAAAUACUAGUGCUCCAAGGGUUAAAGAACCCAUAAAACCUUUUUAAAAUUAAAUAUCACUAGAAAAAUCAGUGUUUCAUGUGGAAAAAAAAAUGAACCCAGUGUACUAAUUUCCUAUCAGCAGCAGCAUAAGUAAUAGUUAUUGUUUUAUGUCAUGAUGAUUUUUCAAGUAUCUUUCUUACUGAUAGUUUUACUGCCUGCUGUAAUGAUGACAGACUAAGCAAUUUACUACUUAUAUAAGAAAUUUCUCUCAUAGAAAGGAUGGCUCUAUUGGGAUCAUGAUCUUCAUGUUAUCCAUCAGUUAGACUUUUAACCAUAAUCAGUUCUCAAGAUGGAGAGCUCUUAGCACCAUUGUUGCCAGUGAAUAAGGGUAUUUUUUAAUUGUCUCACAAAAUCUCAGAAGUCUUUUCACUGUUAAAAAAAUAUAUAUAGCAGGACAAGGCCAUUCUAAUAUCCAUCUACCAGUUAAAACUUUAAUUUUAUAUGAAGAAAGUUGAAUUAAAAUUGAGACUAUGUAUGUGAUAAAAAUGAGAUGUACUGAUUAUAUAUAAAUGACUAAACAAAUUGACAUUUUAAAAAUA